AUGACAAAUGGGGGCAUGGACAUAGAUGACUGUGAUGCAAAGCCUUGCCAGAACCAAGCAACGUGUGUUGAUCUUAUCAACGAUUACGAGUGUUCAUGUCCUGAUGGUUUUAUGGGGAAAAAUUGUUCUGUCAAGUUAGACAGAGUCUCCAGUAGUGUCGUGUGUAUUGGGCCAAAAGAUAAUCAAUAUGGAGUCUUCACUUUACCAGCUGCUUGCAGCAUUGUGCGCUUCUUGCUUGUUCGCCAGUCGGGAGACGGACUUUCCUACUAUCAAGAACAWAAGGGAUACUGGGGAGGCCCUAACAGGUCCCCAUAUGACAUCCAAAUACACAUCACUAAUCAGAACAAUGACAGAAUUAGUCCACCAUCGAGUUUCCCACUGACUGAUAACUCAUAUGGUCAGAUGUCGUACAGGUUGCCAGGUGUGACCAACAUGGAUCCAGAACUCUUGUUGCCUGAGCUGUCCCCUCCUCUAGCAGCCACAGCAGGUCAGGAGUUCAGGAUUUGGUUUGGUCAGGAUCUAUCGGAUGAAAAAGAGCCUGACAAUGUCGGGGAAAUCUGUGUUCAUGUUUGGAUUCAGAAAUCUCAGUAAUCAUUCGUGGGUAAUAAAAAUAGUCCCCUUCACAGUUCCCUGCGCCAUCUUGAAAG